UCUCCAACAGAGGCAAAGGGACAGGAGCUCAGGAUUGCACUUGUUGGGAAAACUGGAGCCGGGAAGAGCGCAGUGGGAAACACCAUCUUAGGGAGGAAGACUUUUAGAUCUAAGAUGUCCAUGUCCUCAGUGACAUCAGAGUGUCAGAAGGAAACAGGAGCUGUUGCUGGUCAAACACUGGCUGUUGUUGAUACUCCAGGUCUGUUUAAAACCGAAAAAAAAGAAAAGGUGGUCAAAGAAGAGCUCGCUAAAGCCAUCUCACUUGCUGCUCCUGGUCCUCAUGUGUUCCUGAUCGUGAUCCAGCUGAACAGAUUCACAAAAGAAGAACAAGAAACAGUGAAAAUCCUUCAGGAGGUGUUGGGAGAAAAUGCAGGAAAGUACACUGUGGCCUUGUUCACCCAUGGAGACGCCCUGAAGGAGGAGGGAGUCUCCAUAGAGACAUUGAUUAGUGAGAAUCAGCUUCUCCGUGACUUCAUCAGUCAGUGUGGUGGAGGUUACCAUGUGUUUGACAACAGAGACAAGGAUCUCCUUCAAGUCACUGAGCUGGUGAGAAAGAUCAACAGGAUGGUUCAGAGAAAUGGAGGAAACUGCUACACCAAUGUAAUGUUCGAAGCAGCUGAGAGAGCCAUAAGAGAAGAAAUGGAACGUCUGUGGAGAGAAAAUCCAGAUAUUGAUCAGGAAGAAGCAAGAAGACAGGCAGAGAGAAACAAUUCGUUUACUACAGGUGUUGGAUUCGCUGCUGGAGCAGCUGCUGGAGCAGCUGCUGGAGCUGCUGUUGGAUUAGCUGUUGGAGCAGCUGGAGCAGCUGGAGCAAGCAUUGCAAGUAGAGUGGGACCUUUAGUGGUAGCUAAAGCGGGAGCUGCAGUGGGAGCUGCAUAUAUGGCACUGAAUGAGAGGGCCUGCAUCAUACAGUGAUAUUCGAUAUUACUUAUCCAUUAGCUGCGGCUCAUAACAGGGAAUUGUCAUGGUAACAGUUUAAUCUUUAUUUUAGUGUAUGAUCUUUAUCAGCCUGUUGUUUUUCUUUGUUCACUUUAUUGAUUAUGAGCUUCUUCAUUAAUCAUUGACUGUUCAUCAUGUUAUUAAUGAGAAACCUUCUAAUCCUUUAAUGUAAAACGAUCAACGUCAUAUUUUGUAAUAGAAGCUGUAACAGACUUCAGACACACUGCACUUGUUUUGUUGAAUUAUACAUCAUUAAUCAAAAAGAAGAAACAAGAAUUUUCUGGUGUCGUCAGAGGAGGUGAUGUGAAAAAGGAAAGUUUUAAAAGGCUGGAAUUAAAAAGUCUGCAGAAAAGAACAGUGAGAUUUUGUUUCAUGUAUCUUCUUAUCAUUUACCUGUGUAAUAACAUGUUAAUAAAUAAAUAUUCCAAAUGAAAAUCUGUCUCAAGACUAUUAUUGUUCA